UGCUCGCCUGCCUGCAAUCCAACAUGGAGUAGAGAGAGAUGGGGCUCUAGCGGGGCCACCCCUCGGUAACAACAGCGACGACGCGCUUUUUACGCACAACUGGAACCGGAGUCGUCGGUGAAAACAUGCGCCUUAGGACUUAAAAUCGGAGUGUGUGCCCUGUGUGCCCGUGUGUGUGUGCGUGUGUGUGUGCGUGUGUGUGUGUGUGUGUGUUUGGGGAGGGGGGGGGCGAAGAGAAGAGCUGGAUUCGGCUCUAAAUUGUCUGUAUAGGCUACAUUACCUACAGAAGGCGAUGGUGCUAUUAAAGUUAUAGAAAAAGGGGCAUUUGCGAUCCAGGAGAAACUGGGUGGCUCCGGGGGGAAAAGUGAGGAAAAGAAGACGGAGGUACAGCCAGUCGAAGGCAAACCAAAGAGCCGACACUCGCACAAAGGCGCAGGGGGGAUUUAUGCGGAAUUGGAGACAGAAUCGGAGGAGCUGCGGUGAAAGAAUGACGAGCGAAAAGUAUGCAACCGCCGUGGUACAAUACCUGAGGUGAAACGAGAAAAUGAUAGAAGAAACACACCCAAACGAUGACAGCUACAUCGUGCGUGUGAAAGCGGUGGUGAUGACGCGGGACGACUCGAGUGGCGGCUGGCUGGCCCAGGACGGGGGAGCUCUGAGCAGGGUGGGCGUGUGCCGCCUCCUGCCGCCCGAGUUGGCGCCUGUCCCGGCCUCCAGCAGCUCCCAGUUCCUCAUCCGUGGUGAGCGGCUACGGGAUAAACAGGUGAUCCUGGACUGUCCACUGAGGAAGGAUCUGGUGUACACCAUAGCAACGCCCACAUUUCAUCAUUGGAAGGUGGAGGACAGGAGGUGUGGCCUGUCCUUCCAGAGUCCAGCUGACGCCAGGGCUUUCGACAGGGGGGUACGGAAAGCAAUCGAGGACCUGGCUGAAGGCUCCACAACCUCCUCGACAGCACUCCAGAACGAGGGCGAGCUGGGUGACGACGACGUCUUUACCAACACCACAGACAGCUCAUCCAACUCCUCCCAGAAGCUGGAGAGCUCUCUGCAGCCGCUCGAGUCCUCGCCCCUUCCGCAGAGGCACAAGUGCGUGAUGGGACAUCGCCAUGACCUCCACGACCCCUACCGGCUCUCAGACCACUACUUCUUGGACCAGCCGUCUCGGCUUCCCCGCCAUGUCACUUUCCAGGAGGACGAGGAAAUCGUCCGUAUCAACCCACGGGAGCGCAGCUGGGAGCGAACCACAGAGCAUCACCAUGGCCGCCAGUCGGAUCGCCCCUGGCUCAGGGGCUACGAGGACUACCGCCACGCCACUGUGCGGGACAAGUUCAUCCAAAUGGAUGACUCUGAGUCCUACGUCCACUUUGCCAAGACGGAGGCACAGAAGCACGACUACACCUACCCAUUGGCACCGGCCCUGUCGCCCUCAGACUCUGACCCCGCCCUCGGACCCUUGACCAAUAAGGGCCAUAGCGGCUCGUAUCGCCAUGGCUUCUCCUCUGUGGUCUCCAGCCAGCCCCGCUCUUUCCUUCCGAGCUCCUCCCCAUCCACCAAUGGAGGGAAGGGGCGGAAGGAGGACGGGAUGGAGCGUGCACAGUGUGAGCACUGCGGCGAGGCCUUUUACAUCUCCGACAACCGGAGAGGCCGGUGCCAGGAUGCCCCGGACCCUGUGCGGGCGUGCAUCCGGCGGGUCAGCUGCAUGUGGCUGGCAGACACCAUGCUCUACCACUGCAUGUCUGACCCAGAGGGGGACUACUCGGACCCCUGCUCAUGUGACGGGGGUGAGGGCAGCGGGGGAGGCCGACUCGGCACACGUUGGUUAGCCCUGCUCGGCUUAUCUCUGGUGGCGCCCUGCCUCUGCCUCUAUCCGCCUCUCCACGCUUGCCACCGGGCGGGGCUCACAUGUGGCUGCUGCGGAGGCCGACACAAGGCCCUGAGCUGAGCCGGCGUGCUUGGAAACCUCUCAGAGGAAACGAUAAAAACCUAAACCCAACGCAAGCACAGGGAAAGGGAAGGAUGGGGAAGUACAGAGAGGACAAGUGGUCAUGGCUGCUCGCUCUCUUGCCUUGGUUCCUCUGGGUUUCUCUACAAAUUCCAGACACUGAAAUAAGCCAAAAAAAAAAACAGUUGGUGCAUUUUCUGAACGGCCUGGGAAGAUAAGCUCCCCCUUACGGCAGACAGUUCUCUCACCUCUUCACAUGGCCAUUUCAUGCUCUGUUUCUAGUGAGAGAGCACUCUUUUUCAGGGGGCCUUUUUUAUAGCUGACCUAUAUGUCAUGUAUCACAUAUGCAGGUACUUUAUACUUUGUACACUGACUCGGCGUCAAAGAACUUGAAUUGUUUCUUUGUUCUCUUUUUUUUUUUUCUCUCCUUUGAUGUACGCGUGGCCAUUUUGUUUAUAUUCUAUUCCAAUAUCAGGCCCGCUCAGCUCAACUCCAGCUACAAGAGAAAUCAGACACUACACCUCUUUAUGUGUGCGCGAGUGUGUGUGUGUGUGUGUGUGUGUGUGUGUGUGUGUGUGUGUGUGUGUGCGUGUGUGUGUGUGUGCGUGUGUGUGUGUGUGUGUGCGUGUGGACGGUGUAUGUGAAUGCUUACAAUGUGCGUCGAGGCCUUUUUGUUGUCUGUACUGCAGCUUAUAGUAAAGCUCAUGUAUAUAGUCUACAUAGCUCUCCACCAUCAACAUCUUCUUUGUUCACUGAAACAAACGUGGUACUCAUCUUAAUCUUCUAAUAUCCCAAAGAUUCGUGUUUUUAUCCUAUUUAUUUUCUCACUGAAUUGAUCUACCAGCAAAAGGGUGCUGGGUUGCGAUUUGACUCACUGAAAGAGACGGUGCCUCAAAUCAUGCUACAACACUCUAGCAACCGUCUCCUUGCUCCUUUCACGUUAUUUCAAACAGUGCCUAAACAAUUACCUAAACCAGGAACCCUAUCCAGUCUUAGAAUUACAGUAGUGUUUUUUGGCUCAUUUUACUUAACAUACACUUGAAGCAGAGUGAGAUUUUAAGGCUCUGAUUUCCUCAUUCUUUGCAGAACCUCAGCCAGCAGUCCGUGUCACACCGAGGACUGAGAGAUCAUUCGAAGAUACCGUUAAAAUUUGUGCCUGUUAUGCCUUAAAAAUUUGGAGCCUGGCUCCAAACUUCACCCCUCUGAAGAUGUCUGCUAUAAUAAAAAAAGCGUGAGCAUAGUUAUGGCUCCAAGCAAUCAGCCUCACCAUAUACUCCUAGACACUUGGUUUAAGCUAUUUUUGUAAUGAAAAGGAACUCUUUAAAAUGGUUCUCAUCAAGUGUGUAAACUAUGGACUCCAGUUUGCCUGCGAUGUACAAUCAGCUCCCCUCCUGAAGCCCAGCCCUCCAAUAGAGCCCAACCAGUCACAUGUGGAACAGCAAAGUCCAAGUUUAAAACCAUCACCAUAUCUCCUAUAUUGAGCAAAGAUAACUAUAUGUUAUUCUCAUGUUGUUAAAGGAAUAGUUUGACACUUAUUAGAAUUAGAUGAGAAGAUUGAUAGCGCUCACGUCUGUGUGCAUUAAAUAAGAAGCUAACAUAGAGCCAGGAGGUGGGUUGCUUAGCUUAGCAUAAACACUGUAAACGGAAGGAAACAGCUAGCCUAGCUCUGUCCACCUAGCAGUACCUCUAAACCUCACUAAUUAACGCAUUAUAUCGCAUUUGUUUUAUCCACAUAAAAAUAACAAGUUGUGGUGUUACGUGAGGUUCGUUACAGUGACUGGUUAGAAAUUGUCCAAAUGAGAUACAAAUGAGCUUAAGAGGCGUUUUUUGUUUUGUUUAUUCAUUCUUACAGAACCAGGCUAGCAGUUUCCAGCCUUUAUGCUAAGCUAAGCUAAGCUAAACUAAUCUUCUCUUGGCUGCCGGGCUCUUAUCGAACUCUCAAACUAUUCCUUUAAGGCCAAAAUAUUUUAUUGUAAAUGGGAAAUAAACAUGAGCGAUAACUUGCUGAAACCACAUGUGACUGGUGCGCACUAUUCUCCUCCGUCCUAGAGCAUUUUUUUCCCCUCCAUGCCAGAUUUAGUACAUCACCCCCCCCCCCCAGA